AUGUCCAACACCCUCGAGCAGCUCAAGAAGUACACCACCGUCGUCUCCGACACCGGCGACUUCGAGUCCAUUGCCGUCUACAAGCCCCAGGAUGCGACCACCAACCCGUCGCUCAUCCUCCAGGCUGUCAAGAAGACCGAGUACGCCCGCCUGAUCGACGUCGCGACCGAGUACGCCAAGAAGAAGGGCGGAUCCCUCGACGAGCAGAUUGAGAACACCCUUGACCGCCUCCUCGUCGAGUUCGGCAAGGAGAUCCUCGCCAUCGUUCCCGGCCGCGUCUCGACCGAGGUCGACGCCUCGCUCUCGUUCGACAAGGAGGCUACCAAGGCCAAGGCCCACCACCUCAUCGAGCUUUACAAGGAGAUCGGCAUCCCCAAGGAGCGCGUCCUGAUCAAGAUCGCCUCGACCUGGGAGGGUAUCCAGGCCGCCCGCGAGCUCGAGCAGCAGGGCAUCCACUGCAACCUCACCCUCCUCUUCGGCUUCCAGCAGGCCGUCGCUUGCGCCGAGGCUGGCGUCACCCUCAUCUCGCCUUUCGUUGGCCGCAUCCUCGACUACUACAAGAAGCACGCGCCUGAGGGCGACUACGCUGGCGAGAAGGACCCUGGUGUCCAGUCGGUCACCAAGAUCUACAACUACUACAAGCAGCACGGCUACAAGACGAUCGUCAUGGGUGCUUCGUUCCGGAGUGCGGAGGAGAUCAGGCAGCUCGCCGGCUGCGACUUCCUCACCAUCUCGCCCGCCCUCCUCAAGGAGCUCCAGGCUUCGUCCGCCGACCUCCCCCGCGUCCUCUCCGCCGAGAAGGCCGGCCAGGCCGACCCCAUCCCCAAGACGACCUUCAUCGAGGACGAGCCCGCGUUCCGCUGGUCGCUCCUCCAGGACUCGAUGGCGUUCGAGAAGCUCCACGAGGGCAUUAAGAAGUUCGCCGAGGACGCCGUCACCCUCAAGGACAUCCUCAAGGCCAAGCUCCAGUAA